UUCUACCAAGACAUUGCUGCAUCAGACCUCAAGUUGACAAGUCAUAGACAAUCCAAAUCAAGAUGAUGAAGUGCUUAUUCUUCUUGCUGUUCGUGGCUGCUUGCCAGGCCUACGUGGCCAGGGUGGCUGAACAAAUUCCUACUCCAACAGUAACUGGAUUUGAAACAACAUUUCAUAAAGAUGGUGACAAAUCCGUGAUGCUAGCAUGGAACCCUGUGGAGAACCCAGAAAUUCUUGGAUACAAGAUGACAGUAUGGGACCAGGGAUCGGAUCUAACCAACGAACAAGGCAAGAUAUUCAGCGAGGUUGUAGUUGACGCUAGUACGACCAGCAGCAGUGUAGGAGGCCUUCAGUAUGACAUCUGGUACCUUGCGAGAGUCCAAGCCUUCACCAGAACUGCGGCCAGUGAGUGGUCCAAUCGUAGGUGGGUCAUGUUCCAUAGCCCACUCACACGGGAUGGACGCCAGUCUUACACUGUGAUGGAAUAAACAAUAAGAAGAAGUCUUUGUCAAGAACUCUUUCACUUGAACAUGUACUACUGUUAUUUUGAUAUUGAAAUAAACUCUUAGCAAAAAGCA